AUGGUGUGGUGCCAGUGCGAGCGCUACUGCCACCCCGGCAAAGACAUUUCGGCCGGUAGAGCGAGGAUACAUGCCGGUCUUGAGAUCGAGGCAGACGAGGCUGCACGAACCGGGCAACAACCCACUGCGUCGAGCUCGGUCAAGCGUCGCAGGCUCUUAGAUCAGCCGUCUCUACGACAGUCUGUGGCCGAUACCAAUGAGGAGAGGUUGGGUUCAUGCAGCCAGAUACAGGACACCAAUAUAGAGCCUAUACAGGUUGAAGACGGUCCAGUUACACAACCGUCUCCCUCACCGUCGCGCACUGCAUCCCCGGCGCAUACCUCGACGCCGCGGAGCGACUCUCUUACACCUCUUGAUACCGGCGCUGCCCCACAACCCGAACUCCCGGACUACUCCUCCCGCCCAGAUGAAGACUCCAACCUGCCGCCCGACGAUCUGCCCGAGCCUGACUUUACCGACGAGCCACCUGACGAGGGUAGUCUGGACGAUAAAGAGGACGAGGAUGAGGACGAGCCCGAGCCCGAGCCCGAGCCCACUGACGGCGAGCGACCUAGUUCUCAGCCGCAACCUCAACAGUCUAUGUUGCGUCCAGAGCUUCAAGAGGACUCUACUACUCCUGUUGAUCUCGAGACCCGGUCAGGAAUUGCCGAGAUCGACAGUACGCUCCGCUUCGCUCAGGCGAUACAGGCCGCCGGGCUCGAGGGCUGUGGUCUUUCACCCGAUGCAGUCUACCUCUUGCGGAACCCUACUACCGAAGCACCGCAGAUUACGAGGGGCUUGCGCUGGUCACUGUCCGUAUACCUCAACACCAGUGCAGAUGGCAAUGGCUCUCAGAAGGGCUACAGGAACAUACAAGCUGCCGAUGGAGAGCGCGGCCUUCCGCCCGGGUUUGAGAUGCUUUCGCACGAGCAAGUCGAGAAGCAGCUCGAGCAUCUUAGCGGCGUCAGCCCUAUCGAACGCGAUAUGUGCAUCAACAGCUGCAUGGCUUUCACUGGACCCCAGUACGAGCCUCGUACUGUUGAUGACUGCGUGUACUGUGGCCAAUCACGCUGGGAUCCUAUCGAGCUGGCGAAGACGGGCCAGAAAGUUCCGCGUCUGCGGUUUUCCACCAUUCCUCUGGGCCCACAGCUGCAGGCUCGCCACCGCCAUCCUGAGACUGCAAAGCUGAUGCAGCAUCGCGCGCUCGAGGUCGAGGAGAUCAAGAAGGGGCUGGAUGGGCGCACUGUUCUGCGCGUCAAGGAGUACGGCGAUGUUCACGUGGGCUCAGACUUGCUCGAGCGCCUUCUGAGUGGCGAGAUCAAGCCGACGGACAGUGUCGUCAUGCUCUCUAUCGAUGGCGCCCAGCUUUAUCGCAACAAGGCUUCGGACUGUUGGAUACAGAUCUGGAUCCUCCUCGAUCUCUCGCCCGAAGUGCGCUACAAAAAGGUUCACAUCAUACCUGGAUGCGUCAUUCCCGGGCCCAAUAAGCCCAAAAAUCUCGACUCUUUCUUGUACCCUGGUCUAUACCACCUCGCCGCCCUCCAGAAUGAAGGUCUUCACAUAUGGGAUGCUGCUACAAACACGCUAUACGUCGACCACCCUUUCCUGGCUUAUGUCACGGCGGAUACACCUGCAAUGGCCAUGCUCAACGGGCUGGUCGGUCACCAUGGGCGCUUCGGUUGUCGGUUCUACUGUGGCAUGCCCGGCCGUCACAAGGCCGGAGCCCCAAUGUACUUCCCAGCUGCAAUGCGGCCGAAAGACUGCCCCGAGCCCAUUCCGAAUUCGAUGCACGAAGACUAUGAUAUCCGCAACUUGAAGACCGGGACACCGAAGGAACGCAGUAAGGUCUAUCAAGAAAAGCUACAGCAUGUCCGUGACUCUCCAAAUGAGACCGACUACAAAAAGCGGCGGGCUGCUGUCGGCGUCUCGCGUCCCAGCAUCUUCCUCGGUGUCCCACGCAGUCUUGGCGUUCCAGCCCUCUUCACCGCCGACCUGAUGCAUCUCAUUGCACUGAACCUCGCGGACCUCCUGCUGGGCUUGUGGCGCGGAACGCUCGAGUGUGACACGGAGAAUGGUGACCAUCGUAGCCUGUGGGAUUGGAUGGUCCUGCACAACAAGCAGAUCUGGGAGAAGUUCGGUGCCGAAGUGGCCGCUGCCACUCCAUACUUUCCAACAAGUUUCGGGCGGGCGCCCCGCAACCCUGCACUGAAGAUCAAUAGCGGCUACAAGGCGGCCGAAUUUCUCCUUCUCAUCUUUGGUCUCUGUGUGGCACUGCUUCGAAAACGACUUCCGCUUGUCUACUGGCUGAACUUCUGCCGCCUGGUGUAUGGUGUGCGAAUCUUGUACCAGCACAAGAUCGCCGCCGACAAGCUCAAGGCUGCCCACAAGUCCCUGGUCACCUUCGCGCGCGAGUUCGAGGCCAUCUACUACCGCGGCAUGCGAUCACGCAUUCACUUCUGCCGCCAUAGUGUGCACCAGCUACCCCAUCUUGGUCCUCUCACCACUGCUUGCGGUCCGCUUUGUCUUGUCUCGCAAUGGGCAAUGGAGCGCAUGAUCGGUGACCUCGGGCGGGAGCUCAGGCAACCGGGUAACCCCUUUGCCAACCUCACGAAGCGCGCUGUUGUUCGCGCACAAGUGAACAACCUGAAGUCGAUGAUCCCGAACAUCGAGCCCGUUAAGCCCGAUAUCCCACGCGGCGCUGAAUAUCGAGACGAUGGAUACGUACUCUUGCGCAAGCGCGAUACAUGUGCGCGCGCAGUGAGCGAAGCCGAAGCGGUGGCGAUCCGAAACUACUACCGCUUAUCUGGUGGUCAGUGUGGGGAUGAUUGGAAGCCGCGUGUGAUGAAGUGGGCUCGUCUGCGGUUGCCCGACAAGUCUGAGGCGCGUAGUGCUUGGACAGAGAAGAAGAAGGCCUUGUCGGAGGUUCGUAUGGCGCGCAUGGUCAAGCUCGUGCACAACGGUGUCCCUCGCGUCGCCGAAGUGCAGUACUACUUCGAUGUCACUCUCAAUGAUGCCACAUCGACGCGCAAGACAGUCGCGAUGGUGUCGCUCUACGACUUGGCCGAUGCUGCACUCGCCGAAGAGUCAUUAGACACUCUUCAUUCGUUCAAGUACCGAGGCGAUGCUGCAUUGGCUGUGGUCGAUAUAAAGGCCGUGCAGAGUAUCGUCGCGAUGGUUCCUUUCGACAUUCUUGAGCAUGCCGAGGAGUUGGAACGAGCGCAUGGCAGUCUCGCCGGCCACGACUACUUUCUUGUGGAGCACCCUGGGCUCGAAGUUCUCCACAUGUCGGGGAUACCUACCGAACAAACCAAUGCAUGA